AAUAUCUGUCUGGCGUGUCACAAUGGCUGCGCUCUUUAAAUUCACACGCACGCCGGUUUUUGUGAAAUAUCUACACAAUUACAAGUACAUACAUGCUAAUACUGUGAAAUCAGCUAGACAAAUAAAAUUAAAACAAAAUGAUAGUAGGAUAACGACUAGUUUCUCCAAAAGAUAUUGCAGCAGCAACCUUGAUACUGCCCCUAGAUAUGCCAGAAAUGCAAAGACCUACCCCUCGAAGGAGGCAGACGGAAAACUAUCAAACCUCGACCGCAUUGUUCGUAGAACUGGCCGAGUCUCAAGUAUAGAUGUGUCAGAAAUAAUUGGCUUGCUCAAACACCAUGGCAAUGCUACCAGUGAACAGGCUCUGUUAUUACUGCGGUGUAUGGGCUCUAAGAUGCCUGAGUUGACGGGUGAGGCACGUACGCAACAGUUGAACACAAUGUGGCAGUUCUUUAAAGAACAAGGAGUUAAAAUGACAACUGCUCACUACAACUCGCUGAUGGCCAUGUAUAACCAGAAUGGUCAUCUGUUCAAGCCUGACACCUUACUGGCUGAACUUGAAGAGUCAGGUCUGAAGGCAAAUAGAGUUACAUAUCUACGUCUAGUUGAGCGAUUCGCUGAGGAAGGAGACAUACAGGGAGCCAUGAACAUACUUGAGUUGAUGAAGAAGGAAGAUAUGCCAAUAGGAGAACCUGUCUUCAAUGCACUCAUCACUGCACACUUCAAGGCUGGGGACAUUGAUGGAGCAGAAAAUACUUUUAAGAUGAUGUCAGAGUCUGGAGUAGAGCCCGGCGCUGACACCUUUUCUGCCUUGUUACUUGGCAAUGCAUCUAAUAACAACAUAGAUGCAAUUAAAGAAACAUUUGCAGCGGCAGAGCAGAGUGAAGUUACCUUAUAUGGACGUGUCUAUAUGGAUGUGAUAAUACGGUUGACAGAAGUUGGACACCCAGAGCAUGUACAAACUAUUAUAGAUCUAGUGAACAAAUCAGUGGGAUACAACCAUGAUGUCAUCAGUGCCAUUCUACAACUUGUUGCCAAGGGAUAUUAUGAUGUUGCCUUUGAGGUGUACAAGACUAUGGGGGAGGACACUCUUAACACCAGAGAUCUGGCUGUGGGAGCAUUCUUCCUCAAAGCUCUUUGCAGAAAUAAUGCUCCUGUAGAGCGGAUGAUUGAAUUCCUACCAGAGAUGUACAGGAACAAGACUAUGGAGCAAGGCCUUCUGGAUGGCUUGUUCUGGUAUCUCAAUGCAAAGAACAUAGAGAAAGCACGAGAGAUGAUGGACAUUAUUGAGAAGAAGGGUAUAGAGAUUCGAGAACAUUACUUGUGGCCCAUAUACAAGACUUUAGAGAAGGGAAAUGAUGCAAAGGGGAUUUAUGACUUGUUUACUUGGAGUAUGAAGCACGUGGAGCAUAAGGAGAUGAUUAUCACACUGCAGGAGUAUGUCAUUCCAGCACUGACGAAUAUUGGAGAGACAAUUCGUGAAAUUCAAGACAAACUGCCCGUGCAGAUAGGAUCUGGUAUAGUGAAGGGUGUCAUGGUGAUAGAUGCUAUAAAAAUGAACGACUUCAAGAAAGCUGUAGAAAUAGGUGCCGAUACAUCUUCCCCUACAGCACUCCUGUCAGCUGCCUUGAGGCCAUACUUUGUCCAAGCUUACAAGACCAACCCAGACUUGGACUCUGUCCUUGAGUUACUCAACAUAAGCAAGAAUUGGCCAAAUCCCAAACAAAACGGCCACAUAUUCCUUUGUGGAGACUUCUUGAAGACGAUAGUGUACAUGAGUGAUACAGACACGAUCCACAAGGUGGUCAGAUGGUAUGCUGAUCAUAACCUGAAGGUCUUCAGGGGGGACCUGGGUAAUGUGAAGAGUUCAGAUAAAGUCACUGAUGACAUUUUAGAGGUUCUACCAUCAAUAGAUGCUGGCGCCCUAGAUGAAUAUGCCUAUCAAUUUCCACAAGGAACCCAGAAUAGAAAAAACAUACUCUAUCACCAGAAGACUGCCAGUGAGCUAGAAAUCCUUCGUGACGACCCUGAAGCGAAUCAAAUCUCUGUCAGGAAAUAUCUCUUUAUUCAUUACACCAAGGAAGGGAAAGUCAAAGAAGCAAUGGGAUUAGUGAAGGAGUUUGAGGAAACUGGGUUUGUAAUGAAUGGGGAGAUGCACAGACAGAUGGCUUUCAUGGCAGCCAAUUUCAUGAAUGAUCCACAGCUGGCACGUAAACACAAUGACAUGUUGUACUCAGAUUUUCCAGAUUACAACGUUUUUACAUCCAUGACGAUAUCUUUGGCAAAAUGCUUUGUGAAGAAUGAUCUCGUCCAAGACGCUCUAGAUGCUCUCCAGCAGUAUACAAACACACAUGGUGCAUAUCUGCAUGAUUCUGCCUUUGGGGAGGGCCACAAACUGGAACGGCCAUGUGUUGACCUGAUAAAUGCAUGCAAAGAUGCAAAGAUAGGAGCAGAGAUGCUUGAGGCGUUGUUCAAAGGAGGCUUUAUAAAGAAAGGUUCAUACAACCUGCUUGAGGCUUACAUAAAGUCAGCUAUAGAGAGGGCUGAUGCAGAGGGUCUAGUAACAGCAACAGAGUAUUGUGUCCGCAACUUCAACAAGCUUCCUUUGUACCCAGAUGUCUUCAACUUUCUCAUAAAACAGAACAAAUCAGAUGAACUACAAAAAGUGAUGGACAUGUGUAUAAAGUUGUUUGGAGAGAUGGCUGUACUGAACCAACUUACCAUAUGUUUUGUUGAAUGUGGUCUCAUGAAUCAGGCCAGGAAAGUCAUGGAGACUCCAGGGCUGAGAGCCAUAACAGACCUUCAUCUUAGUGCUUGUGACAGAUACAUUGACAACCGUGAGGUCACACAUUUGCGCAAUCUAGUGGACAUAACUAAAGAUUUCUAUGGUGUUGACCGAGACAAUAUGUUGUUUAUGCUGAUCAAGGGAUAUGGUGUUGCCAAGCAACCUGAGAAAGCCCUAGAUGUGUACACCAUGUAUGAUGAAGAGAAUAUCCUCCCCAGACCACGAACUCUUCGUUACCUGGCAUCUGUUCUCAAGUCUGCUGACAUGGAUGUGCCAUUUGAAGUGCCAAAUGUUAAGUCAAGCCAUGGUGACCAGCAGCUACCGACUGGCUUCACUCCUGGUGUUGAGGCUACUGGACAGCGACAGCAAACAGGCCCUGUGCCAGUUGAAAAGCCUACUCCAGCAAGACGUGAGCCUGUACCCCGUAAACCUGUUGUUUUAAGUAUGGAUGAGAAUAUGUUGAAUGACCUAGACAGAGAUCUACUUGCAGCCUACAACACAUUAGGCAUGAACAAAGUUAUUGAAAUACUCGAGGCAAAUGUAGGAAAGGAAUAUAAUGUCUUGGCUGAUAUCGCAAAAGCUGCUUUUCUUCAACGUUAUAAAGCAGAACUUGGACGACUUUGUGAAUAUCUUGUUGAACUCCGAGACAUGGAAUUACUGUGUAAAAUCAGCCAAACUUUACCAGGAAACAAUGCAAAGGUUUUUGAAAGCAUCAUUCUUGCAGCCAUAAAUAAGGGAGACUCUUCAGUGGCUGUCCUUUCAAAAAGUAUAGAUGAAAAUCCCAAAGUUAGCAUGGCAUUUCUAUUCAAGUUAGAGGGUACAGACACAUUCUCUAAAGUAUGUGACAUGUUGAAGGAAUUCGCAGACCAUGGCUCAGAAAGUGCUGUAUCAGCAUUAUGCAAAUACCACAUGUACAAAAAGGAAUAUAAUGUAGCUGAGGAAUUACUGAAUAAAUAUCCUAAAUGUGCCGAGUCUGUGCAACCAAUGCAAGUAAUAGAGAAUGUGAAAACCAGUGUAGAGGACUUACAGCGAGUGAAAGCAAUUAUAAAAUUCAGUAAAGAUAAGGCUGCUACGGAGAGUGUAUUUGUCUGUUUGGUGAAAGCUCAGAUUACAAAGAACCAGCUCUCUGAGGCAGUCGACACAGUGAAAGAAGCUCUAGAAUGUGACGUAACAGAGGGUUCAUUCUCUAAAGAAAUAAGAAACAAACUUGGAGACUUUUUAACAUCAAAUAAUCAAACGGUUCCUUGGACUGUAGAACCUGCUGCUUCUAGUCAAGAAGCACAUGCUAGCUAGGAAUAGCAACCAUUAGGAAAUUUUAGAAUGACAAAUAGACUAGCCGAGAAAAUAUGGAUUUAAUCUGUGGUUUCCCAUAAAAUAUUGCAUGUACCAAGGUAGAUGGUUGCCAACAAGGUGGACAAUUAACUAUGGAACCACUUACAUGUAUGUGACAGUUGUACUAAGACAAGCAUUUAACCCAAGAAGUGAGGCUGAGGUCAUUGACUUUUAUUCCUCGUUACUGCACUAUUCUUGGUAGCUUUAUUUAUUUAACAUGUUUAAACAACUUAAUUGAUAAUGUUCAAUUGAAACUGAUAUAUCAUCUCGUUUCAUCUU